UAUGGCCAAACUAGCAGUGACCAAAUGCUUCAGCUCACAACCUGUAUGCUGCCCAGUGGUGCUGGGAAUCAACAUGAGCAACGGACACCAAGGAAGCCCAUUAUGAUAAAGUUCCAAGUGAAUGAUCCAGGCGUCUCCAAAAAUGCUCUGGCAGCGGCUCUACUGAAUUUGUACAGAUCAGAUCCAGUAGUGGGAGUAGAGGAGGCUGAGGGGCUCCUGGCAGCAGCGAAAGUGUUGGUUUUUCCUCUGCUCUAUCAGAAAUGCCUCUCUGUAAUGCUGGAUAAUAUUAACAGCAAUACUGUCUGCAGGUUUCACCGUGUGGCAUGUGAGUUUAAAGAGGACAACCUAAUGAUGACCUGUGAACAAUGGCUUGAGCUCUACUUGGUUCCUCAUCUUCAAUCAAAGAUACAGCUACGUGAGCUUUCACAGGACCUUUUACUCACAACUCUCAAGUCUCCAAGAUUGUUCACAUACAGUGAAUAUCAUGUUUUCAGAACCCUCCUCUACUGGCUUUUUUUAAGACUGAACCCAACUGUACAGAUUAUGCCGUCACACAGUUCCAUUUUAACAUAUUUUGUCAGCUUGUCUAAGGGUGCAGCUUUCCUUGAGAGAGAUGUUGGCAAGAAGUACAUUCCUCUUUUCCAAUGUUUGCGUCUUUAUGGAAUCAUGGAUAGUCUGCAGCUUGAAGAAAUUCAGCAAAUUCAGCUUCUGCCUCAGAUGUGGCUGUUGCGUAUCUUCACAAAGCAUUAUUAUGCAUUGCACAGAGGAGGAGACAUGCCCUUCUUGGAGGACUUUGAUACCCAAGCCCUGCGGUUUGGCUUGAUAAUUGAAGGGGAAGCACAAUAUCACACUAAAACAAUCUCCAUGUAUGGAUUCUACUUUGAGCUGAAGGCUGUUAGAAAGGGUGAAAGUUCUUGUUACAACUUUUCUAUGCAGAGGCUACAGCACAGCGACCCCCACCCUUUCAUUCCGGGCCUGCAAACGUCAUCCAUUCUGUCUUAUGCAAGAACGAGGAGUCAUCUAUGAAAUUAAGGUUCAAUCCAGGGUGAAGGGAAAGUGGCAAAUAUUUUGUACUGACCGAGUUAACCAGGAAUUUGGUGUCACCAAAAAGUCUUCUGAAAG